UUAGUGGCGGCGGCGUGCACUAGGAGGAAGCGUUGUUGCGAUGGCAACCGCGUCUGCAGGGACGGGGGGGUCCUGCAGUGAGGGGCCCAUCGAGUCAGAACGUGGCCGGCGCGCACCCCGAGAUGUUUGCGGGCGGUCGGCGAGCGGUCGCUCCGUACGCCGAGACCGCGGGCAGCGGGCGGGAGAGGUCGCAGCCGUCCCGGGAGAGGGGCGCAGGAGGGUCCGGUCCGGAAGAUCCGAUCUGCCGGGGCAUAUUUCAGGUCGAAAAAAGAAGCUGCGACGUCGUGUUGACAUCGAGCAGAUUGACAUGGACGCCGAUUGAGCCGGAGAGCCCGGCAGAUGACGAUAAGGUGGUUUCCCGACAUAAGACGGAAUUUGUGGAGCUGAAAGAAGUAUUUGGUGUAAAGAUGAAACGUCGACGGUCUGCAAGGCAACAAAAGGGAGGAACCUUGUUAGGAAUCGCCAUCUUUGAGUGUAUUAAAAAGGGACAAAAUAAGCUCAAAAGUCGUGCAAUUCAUCUAAGCAAUUUAAGUGAAGAUUACUGCAAUGUUUGGUUUAAGCAUCUGAAAGAUAUUCUGAAUGAGCAUUUUCCAAACAGACCAAAAUACCUGAAAGUUGUUAUUAACCCAUAUAGUCACAGAAAGGAAGCUAAACAAGUCUACUAUGAUCAAGUUGCACCUCUUUUCAAGUUGGCUGACAUCAAGACUGACAUCAGCAUUACAGACCAUGAAGGACAUGCUUUUUCAGUUCUCAAGGAAUGUGAAAUUCAAGAAUUUGAUGGUCUUGUGUGUGUGGGUGGUGAUGGGACUGCAAGUGAAUUGGCCCAUGGUUUACUCCUCCGAGCCCAGAUUGACGCUGGGAGGGACAUCGAUUCCAACUUCACGCCUGUCAGAGCACCACUUCCUCUCGGCAUAAUACCAGCAGGUUCCACAAAUAUCUUGGCAUUUUCUGUGCAUGGAAUUAAACAUCCAGGUACAGCAGCAAUGCAUAUCAUUAUGGGUAACUUCCAAGAAGUGGAUGUUUGCACCUUUAGCAGUCAUAACAGGCUACUUCAAUUUGGUUUCUCAGCUAUGUUUGGCUUUGGCGGAAGAACCCUGGCCUUAGCAGAAAAGCAUCGUUGGAUGCCUUCCAGCCAGCGGAAGGAGUUUGCUGUUAUCAAAACACUGACAAAUCUUAAGCCUGAAAAUUGUGAACUAUCCUUUCUACCAUCAGAAGAUGUUCAUGUGGUAGCUCAGAAAGGCAAAAGAAAUGAAGAUGAAAUGAAUGCUAUUGAACAAUGUAAUGAUGAAGAUAAAUGGCAAACCAUACAGGGACAUUUCCUCAAUAUUAGCAUCAUGGCUAUUCCAUGUCUUUGUACUGUGGCACCAAGAGGCCUAGCACCUUAUACCAGUUUGGAUAAUGGAAGCAUGUCACUUAUUGCUGUCCAAAAUUGUUCGAGAGCAGAUUUCAUAAAACACCUAAAACGAUAUGGUAACUUGAAGAACCAGUUUGAUUUCCCCUUUGUGCAGACAUAUACAGUCCAGGAAGUUAAAAUUCUUCCAGGAACCACACACAGAUGGACAGACAUAACUUCAGACAAAAAUGCUGAUUCUCAUUCAUAUCACUCCUCUGUGAAUUCUCUGAAGGAAAACUGUCCAUGGAAUGUUGAUGGGAACUUGAUGGAGGGAACUUCAGAAGUUCAUAUAAAGAUCCACUCACAGCUAAUUACUCUGUAUGGAAAGAAUAUUGAAGAAUGUGAUGAUAUUACAGUAAAGUGCCGCUGCCUAUAAUGACAAAAAUACCAAAGGUUUCCUAGAGUGGUUUGUUAGUCACUGAACUUUUCUGACGAGAUGAAGCAGAAUUAUUUUCAGACCAUAGCCACAGUGAAUCUCUGUGCAAUUGUGCUUUUUUUAAAUCAAAUGUCUACUUUUAAUUAAUUUCUGUAUUUGCCUAACAUACUUGUGUAUAAAUUAUAUAGCUGACAUUUUGUUUUCUGAGAAGUGUACUUUUAUGAAUGUUAUCUAUUGCUUAUCAGUUUCUGUAAUGUUAAAGAAAGAUUUCCUGUUAACAGUGUUCAUUUAAUUUCAAAAUUGGUGAUAUUUAUGUCGCCCAUGGUGAAAUUCUGAUGGUGUAUUGUUCAAAUGUUUCAUUCUACAAUCAAAAGAAUGAGGAUAUGUGUAUAACCUGUUCGUUAUUUAUCAUUCUGCAAAUAACAGGAAUAUUACAGUAAGAAACCAGUGGAAUUUAACAUAGGGAUUUGUAAAACAGUAAAAUCACUUCAUGGCUGAUUGUGAAAGUACUGUCAAACGUAAUGCGUGGAAAUUAAGUAAUAUAUUUUAUAGAACACAUCCUGUUUUGAAAUCAAGAAAAUGAAGCUUUACAAGCAAAAUGUAGGAUGUUGGAUAAUGAAAUUCUAAAGAAAGUCUUAAUUUUCCAGUUUCUUGGCGAAGUGUUAUUUUUGUGGAUUUUCAAUAGUGGUUGUGCCAUCAUAGCUAUCAGUGAUUUUUCUCGUGUUGUCCUUCUCUUCUGACUUUUUAAAUUAUGCA